AUGAAUGGAAACGACACAUCAGAUCUAUCUAUGAGUUCAAAAAAUAAAUUUGAUUUGAAUCAAUUCUUGGUUUAUUCACUUAAUCCACUGAGUGAAGAUAACCAGAAAUUUGAAACUGGUUCUGGUAUCGCCCAAGAGAAAAACGAUACUUCAAUUAUUUAUCUUUCACGACCAAAUAACCCUGUUUCAAAUAGAUCUACAUAUUCUACUCAGGCUCAAGAUGUCACAAGUUUAUUGGAUACCAAAAAUGUAAAUACAAAUGUGUAUCAUCCAUCGUUAAAUUUCCCUAGUAAAGAUAUUGAUCAAUUGUCAUAUACAACAACUUCAUCACUUAGUCAAGCCAGAUCCAAUUCUGUGUCUACAGCAAUUACUACCUUAACUACCGCUUCGUCUUGUAAAUCACAACUUUCACCAAGUAUUGCUGAAAAUGUGAAUGUCGACAUUAAUCAGUUUCCUCAUAAUCAUCAAUUUGAACAAAUUGCUACUUUCCAAGAACAAACAACUGUAUGUUGGUCCUCUGAUAAAAUACAUUUUUUGGAUCCAAUCUUGAUUCAAGAUAUUGAUAAUAUUACCAAUAAUUCCUUGACUCAUCAAGAAAAGAUUAAUGCUAUUGGUGCUGAUUAUAGUCAUAGAUUUAUUGCUUUUGCUAGCUCACCUCCACCACCCCAACCACUGCAACUGCAACAGCAGCCGUCGCCACCACCACCACCACCACAACAACUGGUACCCCAAUUUCAAGACCAAUAUGAAGGUCAACUCAAUACUGAGACAGCAAAACAAAGUAGUGAUACAUUAACUCAAGAUGAUUACGAUUUAAACAAACUGGAAUUGUUGAAUAACCAAACCAUGGAAAUCGCUGUAGAAUAUCAAACUUCGGAUCAUCAAUUGAUAGAAUAUGCCAGUUCUAGUAGUAAUGUGCUUUUAGGAUACCUGGAAAUUGAUGUUGAAGUUCCUGAAAAUGAAAGAUCAAGUUUGCAGCCGGAGUUUGAUUAUAAAAGAGUUUGUCCCAUGUCAAGAGACAGUGACAGUACAUGCGACGAAUUAGAAAGUUUGGAAAAAUCAUCUAAUUUCAUUUAUGUUGAAGAAUGUAAUUCAUCCAAUGUCCCUGUAGUAACAUCAUCGUCUUCUCCUACCAAAAAAUAUAUAUUACAAAAUAAUAUUCCAUCGUCACCUAUUAUUGGAGGAAAAAGGAUAAAUAUUUUGGAGAACCAAUUUUUAAAUGCAAAAGAUGAUAAUUAUGGCGAUACACAUGAUCCAACUAUGGGUGCUGAAAUUAAAUUUGUCAAUGAGUAUAAAGCGACCGAAUUAUCAAAAAAGGGUUCAAUGGUAUCUCCAUUGGAAUCUUUUUCAUCGGAAGUUAGCAAUCCCAACACCAAAACAACUAACCCUUUAAGGAAACCCCUUAAAAAAUAUGUCAAGGGAAAUAACUUGAUGAUAAUGCCAGUUAAGUUUACAUUUGUGGAAAAACGAGGUGACUAUAUUAACCAUAUAGCCAAUCUUAAACCUUUAGUAUCAUCAACCAAUCUUGAAUUAUUUUCAUUUUUAGAUUCUAGAAUUGCUAAUGAGAUUUAUGAAAUUGGUCCCAAAAUAUUACCUCAACCAUUUUCUCAAGAAUUUUUGAAUCUUGCUAAUGAUAAAUUUCUUCCAUUAUCAAUAUUAACGAAAAAACUUGAAUUUCAAUUAUCAAAAGGCCAAGUUACCAAUUAUAAUGUUAAACAAAGUCAUCCUGCAAAAUGUCCUAAUCGUCCCAAUAGUCAAGGUGGAUUAGGACCUUUCCGAGUAGAACCACUGAAGAAACGACCAUCGUCGAAAUUAAAUUGUUCACCUAGCAACAACAACAACAACAACAGUAGUAGUAGUAGUAAUAUUAAACCUGAAUUAGAUGUAAAAAAUGAUAGAUAUUAUUCACGAUUAAAUAUUUAUGAAUUAUCGAAAAUACUUGAUUUGCAUCGAUAUUCAAUUGGAUUAACUAAAUUAAUUGAAUUAAAUGUUCUUGAAAUGUUUGGUAAUUAUUGUGAUUUCCAAUUAGGUUAUCAAACAUGGAUAAGAGAUACUGAUAAAGAAAAAAGACGAGCUUUAAUUCAACAAUUAUAUUCUUAUACUUCGACUUUUUAUCCGGAAAUUGAUAGUUUUAAAUUGGAAGUGAUUAUUAGAAGAGGUAGUUAUAGUUUAAUGCAAACUAGACUAAGAAGAGAACGUCGUUUGAAAAAAAGAUCAAAUGAUACCCAUAUAGAAAGAAUAAGAAAUUAG